AGCCACAGGUUUCACCACCCGCUCCGAUAUCGGCCCUGCGCGCGAUGCCAACGACCCUGUGGAUGAUCGGCAUGCUCCGCCGGGGAAGAGAACUGUCGGGGAUCAAAUGAAAAAGAACCAGACGGCUGAUGAUGAUGACGAAGAUUUGAACGACACCAAUUACGAUGAGUUCAAUGGGUACGCUGGGAGCCUCUUCUCAAGCGGUCCCUAUGAAAAAGAUGACGAGGAAGCAGAUGCUAUCUAUGCAGCUCUGGAUAAGAGGAUGGAUGAACGCAGAAAGGAAAGAAGGGAGCAACGAGAAAAAGAGGAAAUCGAAAAAUACCGUAUGGAGCGACCCAAAAUCCAGCAGCAGUUCUCAGACUUGAAGCGAAAGCUGGCAGAGGUCACAGAGGAAGAGUGGCUGAGCAUUCCAGAGGUUGGCGACGCCAGGAACAAGCGUCAGAGGAAUCCUCGUUACGAGAAGCUGACUCCUGUACCCGACAGCUUCUUCGCAAAGCAUUUACAGUCGGGGGAGAAUCACACUUCUGUGGACCCACGCCAGACGCAAUUUGGUGGAUUGAAUACUCCAUAUCCAGGGGGCUUGAAUACUCCGUAUCCAGGAGGAAUGACACCAGGCUUAAUGACACCUGGCACAGGCGAAUUGGAUAUGAGGAAGAUUGGCCAAGCCAGGAACACCUUGAUGGAUAUGAGGCUGAGCCAGGUGUCGGACUCUGUGAGUGGCCAGACUGUUGUGGACCCGAAAGGAUAUUUGACAGACUUGAAUUCGAUGAUUCCCACGCACGGAGGCGAUAUCAAUGAUAUCAAGAAAGCCCGUUUGCUCCUGAAAUCCGUACGAGAGACCAAUCCUCAUCAUCCACCAGCCUGGAUAGCAUCAGCCCGACUGGAGGAGGUCACUGGCAAACUCCAGGUGGCUCGAAACCUCAUCAUGAAAGGAACAGAGAUGUGCCCCAAGAGUGAAGAUGUUUGGUUAGAAGCAGCUCGGCUUCAGCCUGGGGAUACAGCCAAGGCUGUUGUGGCCCAAGCGGUCCGCCACCUUCCGCAGUCUGUCCGGAUCUAUAUAAGAGCAGCGGAGCUGGAGACAGAUAUCCGGGCGAAGAAACGCGUCCUUAGGAAAGCCCUUGAGCACGUUCCAAAUUCGGUGCGUUUGUGGAAAGCAGCCGUGGAGUUGGAAGAACCUGAGGAUGCCAGGAUCAUGCUGAGUCGUGCUGUGGAGUGCUGCCCGACGAGCGUUGAACUGUGGUUGGCGCUGGCGAGGCUGGAGACAUAUGAGAAUGCUCGUAAAGUCCUUAACAAAGCCCGUGAGAAUAUUCCAACGGAUCGUCACAUCUGGAUUACUGCUGCCAAACUGGAGGAAGCCAAUGGGAACACCCAGAUGGUGGAGAAAAUAAUUGACAGAGCCAUCACGUCUCUUAGGGCUAACGGCGUGGAAAUCAACAGAGAGCAGUGGAUCCAGGAUGCUGAGGAAUGUGAUAAAGCUGGAAGCGUGGCCACGUGCCAGGCAAUCAUGCGAGCUGUGAUCGGGAUUGGGAUUGAGGAAGAAGAUCGGAAACAUACCUGGAUGGAAGACGCAGACAGCUGCGUUGCUCAUAACGCUCUGGAGUGUGCCCGAGCGAUUUACGCCUAUGCCUUGCAAGUCUUCCCGAGCAAGAAGAGCGUGUGGCUGCGAGCAGCCUACUUCGAAAAGAACCACGGGACGAGAGAAUCCUUGGAGGCUCUUUUGCAGAGAGCUGUUGCUCACUGUCCCAAAGCAGAAGUGCUCUGGCUCAUGGGAGCCAAAUCGAAGUGGCUGGCGGGAGACGUGCCAGCAGCCAGGAGCAUUCUGGCCCUGGCUUUCCAGGCCAACCCCAACAGCGAGGAGAUCUGGCUGGCUGCCGUGAAGCUGGAGUCGGAAAACAAUGAAUACGAACGAGCGAGGCGGCUGCUGGCGAAAGCUCGCAGCAGUGCCCCCACUGCCAGGGUCUUCAUGAAGUCUGUGAAGUUAGAGUGGGUGCUUGGGAACAUCGCUGCAGCCCAGGAGCUUUGUGAGGAAGCCCUGAAGCACUACGAGGACUUUCCCAAGCUCUGGAUGAUGAAGGGACAAAUCGAGGAACAAAAGGAGCUGGUAGAGAAAGCACGAGAGGCUUAUAAUCAAGGG